CGCCAGCGGAGUCUCUUUGGGCGCCAUCUUGAUAUUGAAUUGUGUAGUUUGUAGAAUCUAGAUCCAUCGAGCUUUCUAUCCACUUGUUAACUAAACAUUUUUGCUAAAAUAAGUUAUUUUAAAGAUAGAAAAAGCUCUAUAGGUUAUGGCUGAUGGUGAAAAGCUUAAUGUCGACAGUAUUAUUCAGCGACUUUUGGAAGUGCGUGGCUCAAGACCAGGAAAGAAUGUACAGCUUACAGAGGGAGAAAUCCGAGGGUUGUGCAUCAAAUCAAGAGAAAUCUUUUUGAGUCAGCCAAUUCUUCUAGAACUCGAAGCUCCUCUCAAGAUUUGUGGAGACAUUCAUGGACAGUACUAUGAUCUCCUUAGACUGUUUGAGUACGGCGGUUUUCCACCAGAAUCAAAUUAUCUCUUUUUGGGAGAUUACGUUGAUCGAGGAAAACAGUCGUUGGAGACGAUAUGUUUGCUUCUAGCUUAUAAAAUCAAGUAUCCGGAAAACUUCUUUCUCCUUCGUGGAAAUCACGAAUGUGCGAGUAUAAACCGCAUUUAUGGCUUUUAUGACGAAUGUAAAAGAAGAUACAACAUUAAGUUGUGGAAAACUUUUACGGAUUGCUUCAACUGCCUUCCUGUUGCUGCGAUUUUGGACGAGAAGAUAUUUUGCUGUCACGGAGGUUUAUCGCCCGAUCUGCAAUCUAUGGAACAAAUUCGCCGCAUUAUGAGGCCGACCGAUGUCCCUGACCAAGGAUUAUUAUGUGACCUGCUGUGGUCAGAUCCAGACAAGGAUGUCCAAGGAUGGGGUGAAAAUGACAGAGGGGUUUCCUUUACCUUUGGUCCAGAUAUUGUAUCCAAAUUCCUUGCCAAACAUGAUCUGGAUCUUAUUUGUCGAGCUCACCAGGUUGUGGAAGAUGGAUAUGAGUUCUUUGCUAAGCGGCAGUUGGUAACCUUGUUUUCAGCUCCAAAUUACUGUGGAGAAUUUGAUAAUGCUGGAGCCAUGAUGAGUGUGGACGAAACCCUUAUGUGUUCAUUUCAGAUUCUAAAACCUGCCGACAAGAAGAAGUUCCCCUAUGGAGGGUUGAACUCCGGCCGACCAGUAACCCCACCACGUGGAGGACAACAAGGAAAAGGGAAAAAGAAAUGAUACUUGUACCAUAAGAUAUUUGUUCUGAACUGUAUUAUAAUAUUGUUAUACAACCUAGUUAUUUUCUAGAGUAGCAUGGAUAGAAGUUAUGAUAGUAUACACAAUUGAAAUGUCGUGUAAUAAAACAGAACAGGAUGCAGAGAAGAGAUUAUUUCAAUGCAUACGAUGUGAGCAAGCUUGUCCAUAUGAUUAUAUUCUUUUUUCCUUUGCCGUUGAUAUUUUUUAUUUGUAGGAUAGAAAUUUAGUUCUUUGUCAAACUAUUGCUGUAAGUGCAUCACUGAAAUUUUCAGUGAGACAUUUGUCGAAGUUGGAAUGUCAGGAAAUUAUGACUUCAAUAUAGGCACAGGUUUGAGGCAAGACCUCAUAACUGAGGAAGUUUUGGUAUCUCCACAAGACAAUUAUGCAAAGAUUCAUGUAAGUUCUGGCAGAUAGCUAUGUAUAUACAACAGAAUGGAAAUCAAGUCAUUAUUUGAGUUAACCACAGCCCUAGAAAUUCUAGAACUUCUGCUUAACAGAUAUAAUACUUUCACACUUUCAAAGCAUACUAUUGUGAAAUAUUUUCUCCACACUCACUCACCCCUCCUCCCCUUACUAGAAUAUACUUUAAGCCAUGUUAGGCUGAACUUUGUAUCCAUACUACAGAAAGCCAAAUCAUUGGAGAAGUGUAAAAUAGUAGCAAGGGAAUUUUGCUAUCUUUUUGUAACAAAUUGAAGAUAGGUUUUGGGUUUAAUGGGAAAGUAUUACAUGUAGUUUAUUUUAUGUAUAUGAUUUAUACCUAUAAUUGUGUGAAAUUUCCAUCAACCUUUCCUGCAGUACUUGAUCAUUGCAUAGAACUAUUAUGAAUAGUAAAAGAUAAGAACAGUGAUUUAUCCAAGAUCUUGUUGCUGCCUUAGAGGAAUUAAUCCAAACAAGAGUAUUGUUGAUGAAAACUGACUUCAACUUCAAUUCAUUUUACGAUCCUGUAGUAAUUUUCAAUAGAUGUUAAUGCAUGGUUACUACCCCUUAUAAACAAAUGGUCCUGGAUUUGGGAAAAUAUUCUCAUGCAAAAAAAACAGAUGAAGCUACAGUUUUUCUCUAAGGAUCAUAUAGUUGCAAUGUUUUGAAAUUAAUAGUUUUAACUCCUGUAUGUGUUAGUGUAGGAUUUGUAGAAGGGAAGUGACUAAUUAUUUUUUUGCCUGGGUUGAUGAUUAUUUGAUCAUCAUGGUUGCAUUCUGUGUAACCUAGUUAUUCUAUACUUGUGUCAAAAGUACACUACACAUUUCACUUUACAAUAUUUUCCCAACUCAGUCUUUUGUAAUAAAAGUUACCAUUGUUGUUACUUCAAUGCAAACUUGUGAUUGUGAUUGUUAUUUCUCUAAGUUUAAGUUAUGAUUACUUCAAGAGAAUAUUUUAGUGUUGUUUUAAUAUCAAUGAAUUUAUAUUUAUAUGAUGAGCUGAAUUAUGAAAGGAAUUUGAUUGGUACUCAUGAUCUAUUGCAGGACAGAUGUACAGAUAAUGCCAUCGAUAACAACAUUCUGCCUUUAUAUCUUGUAAAACAAAUAGAUUUCAUGUUGUUGUGGGUCUCAGAAUAAUCUAAGAACAUCAGUGACUUACUUGGCUGCACUUUGUGUGCUAUUUUUUUUUCUGGCCACAUUUUGACUUCAUCUGUGAUCUAUCAAUGAAUAGACACACACAACAUGGAAUCUACAAGCGAAAGUGACGAUUGGCCAUAAUUGUGACUGUCAGUAAAUUUGUCAAUGGUUUCAAUACAACAAUGAAAUGUUUCUCCUAUUUUAAUCCAUCACUACCAGUUAUUUUAAUUAUGUACAUAUAAGGGAAUAAAAUUUGUAUAGAUUACAUCA